CUGGCUCCGCAGCCUGGAGCCGCUGGGUCCCGGCGGGCGUUCCCGGCGUGUCCCCGGCGUGUCCCCACUCGGUGUCCCGGGUGCGCGUGGGCCUGGGCACGAUGAGCCGCAUCUACCAGGACAGCGCGCUCCGGAACAAGGCGGUGCGGAGCGAACGGCUGCCCGGGGCCUGGGAGCCCGCCGCGCACCAGCGGGGAAAUGGUGUUCUGCUGGAAGGAGAAUUGAUCGAUGUAUCUCGGCACAGCAUCUCGGAUGUUCAUGGCAGGAAGGAGCGCUACUAUGUGCUGUAUAUCCGGCCCAGUCGCAUCCAUCGCCGUAAGUUUGACCCCAAGGGAAAUGAAAUCGAGCCCAACUUCAGCGACACCAGGAAGGUGAACACAGGCUUCCUCAUGUCAUCCUACAAGGUGGACGCCAAGGGGGAGACGGACAGACUCACGCCCGAGGCACUGAAGGAGCUGGUCAACAAGCCGGAGCUGCUCGCCCUGACGGAGAACCUCACGCCCGAGCAGACAGUGGCGUUCUGGAUGCCCGAGUCCGAGAUGGAGGCAGUGGAGCUGGAGCUGGGGGCCGGGGUACGGCUGAAAACGCGAGGCGACGGCCCCUUCCUGGAUUCAUUGGCCAAACUUGAGGCUGGAACAGUGACCAAAUGUAAUUUCGCUGGUGAUGGAAAGACAGGGACAUCAUGGACAGACAACAUCAUGGCCCGAAGAUGUUCCCAGGGGGCCACGGCAGAAACCCGAGAGCAAGGGGAUGGGGCAGAGGAUGCGGAGUGGCCAGAAGAAAUUCAACAGCAGAUUGUUCGAGAGACCUUCCAUCUAGUUCUCAAACGGGAUGACAACAUCUGUAACUUCUUAGAGGGUGGAAGUUUGAUUGGUGGCUCUGACUACAAACUGAUUUAUCGGCACUAUGCUACCCUCUACUUUGUAUUUUGUGUGGAUUCAUCAGAGAGUGAACUUGGGAUCUUGGACCUCAUUCAGGUUUUUGUGGAGACCCUGGAUAAAUGUUUCGAAAAUGUUUGUGAAUUGGAUUUGAUCUUCCACAUGGAUAAGGUGCAUUACAUCCUACAGGAGGUGGUAAUGGGUGGGAUGGUGUUGGAAACAAACAUGAAUGAAAUCGUGGCUCAGAUUGAAGCUCAGAACAGGCUGGAGAAAUCAGAGGGUGGCCUCUCCGCAGCCCCUGCCCGUGCUGUGUCUGCUGUGAAAAACAUCAAUCUGCCGGAGAUUCCUCGGAACAUCAACAUCGGUGACCUCAACAUCAAAGUCCCCAACCUGUCCCAGUUUGUCUGAGGGUUGAAGACUAGGCUGAACUGAGUCCUCGAAACCAGCCAAGCCAGUCCCGCACCAGAACCCCCUCUGAGCCCAGGAGAGAAGCCAGACCUGACCCGUGCUGGCAGGGAGCGGGGAGGGGCGUCCUGUGGCGCUGCUGCGAUGCUCCGUGCUCACGCGUGCAGCCUGGCCGGUCUCUGGCACACGUGCCGCUGCAGAUGUGAGGCGUUCCUGGCUCCCUUAGUUGGGGGUCAGUGUGCCCGAGCCACUUACCGCUCUCCCUCCCACAUGCAGCCGUUUCCAGGAAUUGGGGUCCGUCUUGAGAGGCCCACCUGCUUCUCAGGACCCUUGUCCGACUAAAGUCUUCUUCCUUAGCACCACGAGGUGUCUGAGGUCCUGUAGCAUUUACUUUUGCUGGGGAGGUGCCAUAGCUGGAAAAGGACUGGCCCUUCAGGUCUGGGACGUGGUGGGUGACAGACAGGGCAGGAUCUUCCGAGAACCAGAGUGGCCUAUUGGCUCUGCUAGGUUGUCAUCCCCUGAAUCCUUUCAUGUAGCCAAGCUUUCCGAUUACCGCUCCUGCAGAAUACACCCCCACUGCCUUCGUCCUAGCUCUGCCCUCACAGGAAGCAACCCUGAUCAUAAGCUUGGUGCAUGCCCACCACAUUCCUGCUGAUCGGGAGAGCACCCCCGACCCCCACCCCACGGCCAUCUCUCCAGCACAGCCAGGGGCAACCCUGCCAAGGGGAGAGGCCCUGUGUCCGUAGAAGGUAAAGCUGCCAAUGUAUGCAGCUUCUCAGAGUAAUGACUUUCUGGGUUUAAAAUACAUUCUUCUCAUGAGGAGUAGACUGGUCAGUUGCCGUGUUAUGAAUGAUGAGUCUUCUCCGAACGGGAAACC